GGACCUCGUUUGUCAAGGUGCUGUUCCUGGAGGCUGGCGUGACCGAGAGCUGGCGGCGCGUCCCGCCUUGCAGCUCCGUGCUGCUGGCCGCCCCGAACGCGGCGUGGCAUUCUGCCGACGCCCCUGCUCGGGGCAUCGCCCACGCCAGCGACGCCGACAUCGCGUUGGCCGCGGCGGGUCCUCGGCUCGACGGCUUUGUCGACGGCGCCUUCGCCGAGCCUUUCCGUGAUCAUGCUGUUCGUGAAGACGUCCCGGGUGCAGCAGCGGCCGCUCCGGAGGCCGCCGAGGAGAAGUCGAUGGUUUCGGGCUUAUCUGGUGGUAUUUCGGAGGUCGUGGGGGAACUGUCGCCGCUCGCCGCCGCCUCGGAGCUCCAGCAGGAUGUGUGUUUUUCUGCUCCCUAG